AUGGCCUUGAAGCGCAGAGAUGUAGUCCUCUCCGCCGUCGCCGUCUUUAUCGCCUGGGGCUACCUCACCCACUGGCAGCCCGCCCUCCGCUUCCUCCCCCACGCGUUCAUCGCCGGCAUCGUCGCAACCCUCGCUUUACAAACAUGGCUUAUGUGCACGACGGCCUGGCCCAAACCGCAGCCAGCCGAUGCGGAGGUAGAUUAUGGGCCGAAACGCCUCGCCUUCCUCGCGCCGGACAAGUGGAAGGUUGAACGGGAAGCCUUAACGAAGCGUUCGAUGUAUAUGAUGGAGCCAGUUUACCCAGCGUCCUUCGUUAUAUCUGACAGCAUCGACGUUUUAAUUGGACUUAUUCUCCGCGACUUCGUCAAAGGCUGGUAUGGGAACAUAAGCAAGAGUCCAACGUUUGUAAACGAGGUGGACCGCGCCGUGCGGACUGCAUUGGGUGAUAUAAGGGACCGUCUACUGGCGGUGGACAUGGUAGCGACGGCCGUGUCAAAGGUCAUACCUCUCAUAACGGACCAUCUUAGGGCGAGCUAUGAGGCAGAGCGCCUGGUCCGCGGGCACAAACUCUCCCGCAAUGUCACGGAAUCUGAAGAGCUUGAUCUGGCCAUAGCUGCCAAAUAUAAGGGCGGACAUCUACAUCCGGCCGCGUCUUUGGCCUAUUCGAAUACCAAAACUAUUCAGCAACAGCACCUACGGAGCAUCGUUGCUCGACUGCUGCCAAAGAUCAUGCCGAGGAAUAUGACCACCAGCUCUGCUGUCAAUGUCCUGAUUAAGGAAAUUCUUGCUUGCGCGGUUCUGUUCCCCGUGGUGCAGAUGCUUGCAGACCCGGACACUUGGAAUCAGCUGAUGGAAGGCUAUGGACGUAAGGUGCUUGAAGAAAGAAAGUCCGUUCGCAAACUGCGUGCUGCUCUCGACGAACAUGCUCCACCGUCUCCGAAACGUCCAAAAGAAGUACAAUUCCCCAAGCUCAGCCCGCAUGAUAACGAACGUAGGUUCGAGAGGUUCAUUCGAGCCAUCAGGCAGACCAAUACUUUGGCCGAUGCACGCCGCUUCCGAAGCGAAGUCGCAAUACAGUUACGAAAGGAUUCAGCUGUUGAAGGCCAAGAUCCUAUCUAUAUCCGUCGCCUAGAAACCGCGAAGAAGAUUCUGGACCAGAAAGUCGAUUCGUUGUCAGCCGGUGGAUCCGUUCGUGCCAAAGUCGCUGCGCAGGAGAGACCCAAACACAGACGGACGAGAUCGAAAUUUGAAAACGCUUCACUCAGGGAAGUGCUCUAUGAUGCCUCGGGCCUCUCUUGCUUCAUGGAGUAUAUGGACCGGCUGAACCUGAUGCGCCUUGUUCAGUUUUGGAUUGUCGUAGAUGGAUUCCGAAAUCCGCUUGAGCAGGAUACGGAUGAACCCCUUGAGCAUAUGGGCUCAUUACCUGCUUGGACGGAUUCCGACCGAGCAGACCUUGCACAGAUUAACGAAGCGUACCUGUCGCGAUCUGAGUUCAAGACAUUGCAGGAAGCACGCGAAGCUGUAAAGGAGUUUCUGAAGGCAGGCCGAGCCGCGACACCACAACAGUAUUUUAAAGCGAGACGGGCUCUUCUACGCGCGCAGACGGCCGUCUACGAGGAGCUGCAAGAACCCCAUUUCCGUAGGUUUAAGAAAUCCGACUUAUACUACAAAUGGCUUGCCAUGGACGAAGCUGCCAAUGGGGACGCAGUUCCCGACAGCACCAAAGCUGGCGCUCAGGGAUCAGAUACUGGUUCUGCACCUCCAGUCGGAAGGGUACCACGAACCCAAUCAGGGCUACGAAACAACCUUCAACCACCAGAUCUUCGCAGAGCCAUCGCAUCCUCGUCGGAUCUAAAGAGCCAGAGCAGGGUGAACGAGUUGAACGCACCAGCACGUCGGUCGCUGGACGACAAUGCGCCGAGCCGACCGCCUCUGUUCGAUGACGAAUACGACACCGAUCCCCUGGCGAACUCUGUAACCAGCCUGGCAUCAGAGCCGGAGAGAUCGGGCGCGAACAAUCCUAAAGUCGUGGAAUCCAUGCAGGCUGCACUGACGGACAUCAUGGGUGCAGAACCCGAAGGUUCGUUGUUCUAUGAACCGAGUUUGAACUCUCCGCUUGACAGCGAUUCAAUGAGGGCGUCUAUAGAUCUGCCUCGCACCUCCUCGCCAAAUCCUGCAAAGAUGCAGAAGAAAGACAAAGAUGUGCCCAGCAUAGCAUCGCUGGGCCUAGUGGGAGAACCAAAAACGCGUGGCGUUUUCGACGACGAUCUCUUCGGUGAGGAGGAGAAGUUCCUCGAAGACGAAUUGGAGGAGAGUAGUCCCGAGACCAAUCCGGAGGAAGAUGAGAUACACGAAGCUGCGCCUGGUGAUCUUGGUCUCGCAGAAGCUAUUGACAGGCUUACCGCUGAAAUUGAGCGGCUCGUGAGGCAAGAGUCUAUUGUGGACUCAUUGACGUCAAAGGCCGAGCUGACAAAUAAUGCUGCUGAAUUGAGGAUAUUGCGAAAGUCGAAAGCUAGUUUGCAGAGAGAGAUUCAUCGUAAAGAGCUUCAACGGCAGCAGUAUAUUGUUCAAGAGAGCGAUAACAGUUUGUACGGCCGUGCUACCGUCUUCAUUCAGUCCAUCAUGGUCGGGACAGAAGCAGACGGGAGAGAGUACGCCAUGUACGUGAUUGAGGUCCGACGACGUGCUGGUGACCAUAUGCCUGCCGCUGCAUGGGUCAUCACAAGACGGUACAGUGAGUUCCAUGAGCUGCAUAAGCGGCUCCGUGCAAAGUUCCCGCAAGUGCGCAAUCUGGAGCUCCCUCGACGGCAGAUGGUGCUCAAACUACAGAAGGAUUUCUUGCAGAAGAGGCGUGUUGGGCUGGAGAAGUAUCUGAGGGAACUUCUUCUCAUUCCCGCAGUGUGCCGAAGUCGCGAGCUGCGAGCCUUCCUCUCACAACAAGCCAUUUCACCUAUCGACACUGGCAAACCCGAAACCGCCGAUCGUGACUUUGUAACGCGCAUCUACAAUUCCGUGGCGGACGGCAUGGAAGAGUUCCUUGGCAACAUUCCCGUGCUCGAUCAACUCUCAGUGGCAGGGCAGAAUCUCAUCUCCGCAGCAACGAACCAGCUCGCGGCGAACGGAGCUGCUGGCUCAGCCGCAGGUGGUGCUUCAGCACUAAUCGGAGUGCCUGAACCCGCUUCAGACGCUGACGCGGAAGCGGAGCUUCUUGCGUUCGAAAACAAGGAGCUGGAGCCUUUCGUGAAGCCUAUAUGCGAUCUUUUCCUUGAGACCUUUGAGCUCAACCGCGAGAACAACUGGCUCCGCGGACGAGCUGUAGUCGUAGUGCUCCAUCAACUCCUGGGCGGGACCAUUGAGCGCAAAGUCCGCGACAGCUUUGCGUCGUUAACUUCGGAAGAUAGCAUCGCGAGAUACAUAGACACGCUCAAAGAUAGCGUUUGGCCGAACGGCAAACUGAAGCAGUCUGUCGAAAGGACGCAGGCGGAUCGCGACAAGAGCAGGAAGGAGGCGGGUAUGGUGCUCGCGACGCUGAUUCCUGAGUUGGCCGCGAGUGUUGUCGGGAGGAGCAACGCGCAAGCGGCGAGUCGGAGGUUGCUUGCUACGUUCAAUAAUUCGAGACUUAAUACUCAUCUUGUGUUUACACUGCUGGAUGAGGUGAUUCAGAUUCUGUUUCCGGAUGUUAUGGUUAGAUGA